AUGCUCUCUGGCCAAGCUCGUGUGUCUUUUAAGAAGAAGCCGAUGGCGUACAAUGUUGCCAGCCUCAUUGGCACUGCUAUCGCGUUGCCCUUGCUUGGAGUCAUUGCCGUUAUCCUGCGUUUCUACGUCCGCUUGCGAUUGAGGCCUACUUUCAUUGGUAUCGAUGACUGGCUGAUUGUGCUGGCUGUGGUGUUGGUUGUCGGACAGUGUGCUAAUCAGGUCGUGGCUGCGGUCAUUGGUAUGCUUGGGCGGGAUAAUGAGCCGGUUGUGGACUGGCGUGUUGCGCAUGAAUCGAAAAUCGACUAUGCGACCCUCGUGAUAGAGAAAGUGACAUACAGUGCUAUGAAGCUGAGCGUACUCUUCUUCUACCGCCGCAUUUUCUACCAGCAGAGAGGCUUCCGCAUAGCCAAUUACAUCCUGAUAGUGCUCAUUAGCUUAUGGGGCAUCGCCUUCCUUUUUGCCGAAAUCUUCCUCUGCGGUGCCAACUCCCAUCAUGGGCAUCCUUGCGCUCCACAAGAAUGGACGUCUCUAUGGUUUGCCAUCACAGAGGUUAUUGGCGACAUCGCUAUACUAUCCCUUCCUUACCCUUGCAUCCGGAAGCUUCAGAUGAGCGGACGAGACAAAAUUGGCCUUUCGGCCAUAUUCUUCCUUGGAGCCUUAACCAGGGAGGAGGACGUCAUACAGGAGGAAGGAUUGGUUGAUGAAAAAGCUAGGUCUGAGAAGACCAUGGAUGAGGUGGGUGUUGAAACUGCUGCCAAAAGUGACGGAGAGUUCAAUCCGAGGCCGAUGGACUUGCUGGGAGCACCAGCGAUUGAGAGAGGGAGCGUAGGGUUCCCUUACGAUCGGUUCCUGUAA